GCACUGCGCAGAGGCGGCAGCAGCAGCAACAGCAGCUCCUGAACCAGAAGAAGAAACCGGCUGCACAACAACACAAGUGGACAACUUCCGAUUAGAGAGAUGGCUCUGCUGGGUUCAUUCCUGGUAUUAUGUGCCUGCAGUUUGGAGCUUUUCCAUGUGGAAGCAACACAAGACACCCUGAGCACUCUGGAUUCUUCUUUCUGUCAUGGUGGACUAGAAGUGAUCUAUCCAGAGCUGGACAUCGACGAAUGCGUCAUAAUUCCAAAGGACCGGAAACUCAGAGAGAAAGUCAGCACAGUUUGGAAAGCUCCACAGAUUUACUUCACGAGAGCAGACAAGAAAAAGAUGUAUGUGCUGGUGAUGGUUGAUCCUGAUGCUCCACGCCGCAAUAGUCCAACAUCUGCUUACUGGAGGCACUGGCUCGUCGUGGACAUACAGGGAACUGCGCUGAAGAAAGGACAGAUCAAAGGAACCACCCUCACAGACUAUUACCCACCGUCCCCGCCACAGAAGACUGGCUUUCAUCGCUACCAGUUCCUGUUGUUUGAGCAGCUUCCAGAUGCACCAGUGUCACUCACCAAGCAGGAAACUGCAUCCCGAGGUAAAUGGGAUCUUCAGGCCUUCGUCACAAGGUUUGGUCUGGGAAAGCCUGUGGCCACUCUGCAGUUUCUCACCCAAAACUACAAAGACUGAAGGAUGCUCAGACCCCUCAAAGGUGUUGUGGAGGAAGAAUCUGUCAGUACAAUAAUAUAAAAUAAUGUUUCCCCACUUUCCCUGAAUUAAACAGUAUCUGUUCUUCAAAGCUUGCAACAGUUCAGCCCUCUUUACCUUUAUCUUAUCACUGAGUUAGAAAAAGAUUUCCUCUUUGUGUUACACCAGCUGCUAGGUUUUGAUGUUGCUUUGUAUCUCUGUCAUGUGGUCUGGAGCAAAGGAUUUGGGAGAUAGAUUUUGACCUCACUGGGGAUUUCUUAUUAGUUUCCGAACACUGUCGACCAGAGAAGGAAGACGGCCUGAUAUCACAAUUCAGUGUGGAAAGAGUUGAUUCUAAUUCAGGGGCGGAAACACGUCAGGGCCAAAAAAAGGAAGUGGGAGGUGAAACCGAGACCGCAACAGAGCCGGAUGCUGCAGUGGAACUUGAACCAAAAUACUCUACAGAGUGACAGGACAGGGGGAGGGGCUGCAGGGCCUGUGGUGUAUCGGGUGAAGGGAACUUACUGUUUGUGUAAUUGUUUAUCAUAUUUCCAUUGACCACUCUCACCCCAGUUGGAAACAGUGAGCUACUUUCAGGUCCUUGAUUGAUUUUUCUGAAGUAAAAACUGCUCUGUCUAAAUGCUGAAGUGUCCUUGAAUGUAACUUUGGGACAAUGAACCCUUUUUGAACUUUUGACAGUUGUAGAGGCCCACCUGGUAGGUCUGUAGAGGAUGGUGUGAAAACUUAAACUUUUCAACCCAUUCGCGAGGAGAUACUUUUCAGACUUCAUGGGUCUUUGUAGAGGGUGGGUCAGAGUACACCCCAUGAGGAAUAUUGGUUUCUAACCAGCAACUCUCCUCUGGGAGGAGUUUGUAUCAAUACCCCAGAUGUCUGAAAAAGGCUGGAUUUACAUGAGGGACUUUGAUGUUCUGAUGAUCAAUCUUUAGUUGGUGGUUUCAUUGACCCUAAUUUGGUGUCUCAUCAGUGGGCUAGGCAGGAGUAGGUAAUGGAGGUUUUUGUUCCUUUGGUGGUUAAGCCAGCCUUGGUAAACCCCUAUGUGCCCUCUCCAUGAACUCUGGGAGAUCAUUGAUCAAAUUGUCCUGCAUCUGCUUUGUUUGCCUCCCGGACUUAGAAGUCAAAGCGGCCGGGUCCACAAACAAAACAACCAAAACAAUGCACAUAUUCACCCAGUUAGUCAGAGAGUCCAUUCCUUUUGAACAAAUGUUAAAUAUCCAUCAGUUGGAAUAUCGCUCUUGACCUUGAUUUACCCAUCUUAUUUGACUUAUGAAAUCACAUUUUUAACAAUUGGCAAGUGGAGUAUAAUUCCACACUCAUUGUGAAGCAUGCCAAGUGGGAGAGCAUUCUUCCAAAAACCACCUACUUGAAUCCAUCAGUACACCACUGAAAGCCAAGAUUUGUACUUCCAAAUACACUGUGCAUUUUUUUUCCUCCUUUAUAUCUUGGAGAUAUCCUGCCAAAACAGCUGGGUUUUGCCACUCAGCUUCCUUGAAUGUGUUUAUUUUUACUCCAAAUGUCAGGAGAGUUGAAAUAUUAUGAUUAAGAAAAACUGACAGCUGUAGUUCAGUGGUGCACAGUAUAUUGCCUUCUUUGAAAAAAAAAAAAAAUCACAUCCCCUGAUGAUAUGGAAAAGGCAUUUAAUAUUUUCUUAAUUUAUUCAAACUUACAUUAAUUAAAAGGAAUUUGUAUAAUCAAUUCAAUUGCCUAACCGCUACUAAGUGAUCUAAUAUGCAUGAUGACUUGAGUCUCCAUUU